AUGCCGUGUGUGAGCUUUGUGUUGGUGGUGACCUGCCUGCUGGUCCUAGGCCCGGCUGUAUGGGGCGCCCCCAGCCAGUGCCCGGCUCAGUGUCACUGCCAUGGGGACCUGCAGCAUGUCAUCUGUGACAACGUGGGGCUGAAGAAGAUCCCGCAGGUGUCCGAGGCCACCCGUCUGCUCAACCUGCAGAGGAACAACCUGGGCAGCCUGCCCACCGGCUCCUUCACCAGCAGCAAGGGUCUCAUCUCGUUGCACAUGCAGCACUGCCAGCUCCAUGAGAUUGGCGGCCAGGCCUUCAAGGGACUCAAGAAGCUCAUCUACCUCUACCUGUCCAACAACGAGAUCACCAGCAUCAAGCCAGGUGCCUUCGAGGACCUCACCGAGCUCACUUACCUCUACCUGGAUGGCAACCGCAUCAGCGACCUGCCCAAGGGAAUCUUCUCGCCCAUGAUCAAUCUGUUCAUCCUGCAGCUCAACGACAACAAGCUGCGCGACAUCAAGCCAGGCACCUUCGCCGGAGCCAAGGACCUGCGCUGGCUGCACAUGAGUGGCAAUGAGAUGAACACGCUGCAGCCGGGCUCUCUGGACGACGUGGAGAACCUGGCCAUCCUGCACCUGGACAGGAACAGGCUGUCCACCUACCCUGGCCUGGCCAUGAGCAAGCUGAGAGUGGUGGAGGAACUGAGCCUGGCCAAGAACCCCCUUAGGAGCAUCCCCGACAACGCCUUCCAGAGCUUCGGACGCUACAUGGAGAAGCUGCACCUGGACGGCAUGGGGCUGGAAAAGGUCAGUCUCAUAUUGUUUAAGGGGAAGGGGGUACUUUUAUGGUUGCAAAGAGCUUAUUGAGUUGGGAAGGGUGAGAGUUUGGCAAUUGAGAGUUUAAAAGUAGGGCAAUGCAAUAGUAGGAUGGCGUAGAAGCAGUAUAUGAUUCUAUUACUAUGAGAGAUCAUUGGAAGUUUCAUUUCAUGCAACACAGGUCUCAGUGAUUAGAGGCACCAUGAGCCAUUCGGUAGAUAUAGAAAGCUGUGCUGUAUUCUUGUCCUGAAAGCUCUAGCAGCCCUGCAGAUUAGGGAGGCUUGUUGUUUGUUUGUUUUGGUUCUGGCUUGCCAUAUUUCAUUUGCUUAUUUACAUGUACAUUCUGGCUUGCCACCGGCCAACUCCCCCUUUUCCAGUAGCCAAAAGUUGUUUCUCUUCUCCCAGUUCCGUGGUCACAUACUGUAACCCGAGGGCAGGUGGUCAUGGGAGGUGGUUUAGCAGAUCUCUGCCAUUCAUCAUAUUUUGACUGACCUUUCAGAUUUAUGAGAGCGUGGAAUACUGAGACAAUUUUUAUGCUUUGGUUGUUGUGCUUCUCCCCAUCUGUCUCAUUGUAUGGUAAUAAAAUCAUUAUGAUGACUUAUCCACCCAUAUGGGAAGAAAGCAGGUCACACGUGGUCAGGAUGAAACCAGCGGGAUCUCUGACUCUGACAAAACUUUCUACUAGAUUUUUUAAAAAUCCACUGGGGCUGAUAUUCUUGAUCCUUUCUUGCUGCAGCUUCUGCUCCCCUGAUUGCGGAGUCAUUAACCAGGUUUCCAUCAAACCAUUUCAUGCGGAUGAAUUAGCUGGCGCAUGAAAAAAGUCACGACCGGGCUGAUGGCAACAUGAAAUGCCAGUACUCCCUGACGAAGGCCAUGCAGCCGAAACGCGUCAGAGUUUUAAAACUUUGUUUCCAUUGAACAUGCCAUACAAAUAAAGGCAUUUAAAUUAAUUAUAUGAAGAGUGCCUUGGUCCUCCUUUCUCUUUGAUGCCGGUACAAUUCGUUCGACAUGGUGGGAUCGUUUUGUGUCAGUAAAAUUAAUUAUGCAAGAAAUGGCGGUAGAAACACCUUUAUGUGCAAAUAUUAAUAUAAUAACCAUCAUAUCGAAGUAACUUGGAGUCACACAACGAUAUGUUGUGUGGUGUUCCCACUACGAAUCAGGAAAGCAUGCAGUUUAUUAGGCUAGAGAUUAAAUAAAUUGUGAUGAACUUCACAGGGUGGUGAAGGUGAUGAGCUUGAUGCUCCUUUCCAAUAAAUAUCGAGGGUCAUAUUUGUGGUCCUCUGUAGCUCAGCUGGUAGAGCACGGCGCUUGUAACGCCAAGGUAGUGGGUUCGAUCCCUGGGACCACCCAUACACAAAAAUGUAUGCACACAUGACUGUAAGUCGCUUUGGAUAAAAGCGUCUGCUAAAUGGCAUAUUAUUAUUAUUAUUAUUCUGGUGACAUAAUGAUCGAUGCUUGGCUGCCGUUUGGCAGAUAGAAAUAAUAUUGCUCUUAUCCAUAAUAAUCUCAUAAUGUAGGUAGCCUACCCGCACUGUAUCUGGGAGCUGUUGGCUAGAGUGCAUGUGCCAAGACCAGACUGGGUAUAUUUGCUAUAUAACGCAACAGUUUUUGUGACAAAACCAUCAGUAGAGUUGAAAAUGUGAUGGAAACUCAUUUUUCAAAGCAAAAGGUGGGAAAAUGUGCAUAUUGUUUUAUGCACAUUUUUGAAUAUUCGCAUGAAAAUCUGUCGCAAAUUGGAUGGAAACCUAGCUACUGACACAUAUUUUUAAUCUGACGAUUGUCUUGCCUAGCAAACUUUUUUGAAUCAUUAAUCAACUGUCAACUUAGAUCCUUCCUAGCUACGAGAUGUAUUCUAAGUGUUCACCAGUCUGGUUUCAGGCCGGGUCAUAGCACUAUCUCUGCUCCAACCUUGGUGUUAAAUUAUUUGCUUAAGGGUAUGGAUUGACUUAUCGAAGGCUUUCGAUACUGUUGACCACUCUUUAUUGAUUCAAAGAUUGUCUGCAAUCAAUAUGGAUCAGGCGUCAUGUAAUUGGUUAGGAAAUUACUUGACUGACAAGGACUCAAUGUGUUUUGUCUGAUGGUGUUAAGUCAGGUUUCCUUGAUAUUACGAAAGGUAUCCCACAGGGAUCGAUUUUAGGUCCUGUACUUUUUACUGUCUAUAUAAAUAAUUUUGGUCUAUCUGCAAAAAAAAAAAAAACAUAAACCUGUAUGCAGAUGACACUGUUGUGUAUGCUAUUGCACCCACGGUUGACCAGGCUCUUUCGGAGCUUCAAUCUGCCUUCAUUGCUUUACAGAAAGCCUUUGUUGAACUGAAAUUGGUACUUAAUGCAGAUAAAACCAAGUAUACAGUGAGGGAAAACAGUAUUUGAUCCCCUGCUGAUUUUGUACGUUUGCCCACUGACAAAGAAAUGAUCAGUCUAUAAUUUUAAUGGUAGGUUUAUUUGAAUAGUGAGAGACAGAAUAACAACAAUAAAAUCCAGAAAAACGCAUGUCAAAAAUGUUAUAUAUUGAUUUGCAUUUUAAUGAGGGAAAUAAGUAUUUGACCCCCUCUCAAUCAGAAAGAUUUCUGGCUCCCAGGUGUCUUUUAUACAGGUAACAGUCUGAGAUUAGGAGCACAAUCUUAAAGGGAGUGCUCCUAAUCUCAGUGUGUUACCUGUAUAAAAGACACCUGUCCACAGAAGCAAUCAAUCAAUCAGAUUCCAAACUCUCCACCAUGGCCAAGACCAAAGAGCUCUCCAAGGAUGUCAGGGACAAGAUUGUAGACCUACACAAGGCUGGAAUGGGCUACAAGACCAUCGCCAAGCAGUUGGUGAGAAGGUGACAACAGUUGGUGCGAUUAUUCGCAAAUGGAAGAAACACAAAAUAACUGUCAAUCUCCCUCGGCCUGGGGCUCCAUGCAAGAUCUCACCUCGUGGAGUUGCAAUGAUCAUGAGAACGGUGAGGAAUCAGCCCAGAACUACACAGGAGAAUCUUGUCAAUGAUCUCAAGGCAGCUGGGACCAUAGUCACCAAGUAAACAAUUGGUAACACACUACGCCGUGAAGGACUGAAAUCCUGCAGCGCCCGCAAGGUCCCCCUGCUCAAGAAUGCACAUAUACAGGCCCGUCUGAAGUUUGCCAAUGAACAUCUGAAUGAUUCAGAGGAGAACUGGGUGAAAGUGUUGUGGUCAGAUGAGACCAAAAUCGAGCUCUUUAGCAUCAACUCAACUCGCCGUGUUUGGAGGAGGAGGAAUGCUGCCUAUGACCCCAAGAACACCAUCCCCACCGUCAAACAAUUAUGCUUUGGGGAUGUUUUUCUGCUAAGGGGACAGGACAAUUCACCGCAUCAAAGGGACGAUGGACAGAGCCAUGUACCGUCAAAUCUUGGAUGAGAACCUCCUUCCCUCAGCCAGGGCAUUGAAAAUGGGUCGUGGAUGGGUAUUCCAGCAUGACAAUGACCCAAAACACACGGCCAAGGCAACAAAGGAGUGGCUCAAGAAGAAGCACAUUAAGGUCCUGGAGUGGCCUAGCCAGUCUCCAGACCUUAAUCCCAUAGAAAAUCUGUGGAGGGAGCUGAAGGUUCGAGUUGCCAAAUGUCAGCCUCGAAACCUUAAUGACUUGGAGAAGAUCUGCUAAGAGGAGUGGGACAAAAUCCCUCCUGAGAUGUGUGCAAACCUGGUGGCCAACUACAAGAAACGUCUGACCUCUGUGAUUGCCAACAAGGGUUUUGCCACCAAGUACUAAGUCAUGUUUUGCAGAGGGGUCAAAUAUUUAUUUCCCUCAUUAAAAUGCAAAUCAAUUUAUAACAUUUUUUACAUGCGUUUUUCUGGAUUUUUUUGUUGUUAUUCUGUCUCUCACUGUUCAAAUAAACCUACCAUUAAAAUUAUAGACUGAUCUUAUCGUUGUCAGUGGGCAAACGUACAAAAUCAGCAGGGGAUCAAAUACUUUUUUCCCUCACUGUAUGUUAUUCUCCAAAUUACGUAAAAAUGUAUCUGAUGAUUUAUGCAUAAGUACAUUGGAUGGUGCCCUCAUUGAUCGUGUCCCCGCUUGUAAAUAUCUGGGCAUCUGGACUGACGAAAAGCUAUCUUUCAAAAAGCAUGUUGAUGAGUUAGUUAAGAAAUUAAGAAUUAAAAUGGGCUUAUUUUAUACGAACAGGUCAUGCCUUUCAUUCAUUAUUCUCCCGAGUGGCGCAGUGGUCUAAGGCACUGCAUCGCAGUGCUAGCUGUGCCACUAGAGAUCCUGGUUCGAAUCCAGGCUCUGUCGUAGCCGGCCGCGACCGGGAGAUCCAUGGGGCGGCGCACAAUUGGCCCAGCGUCGUCCAGGGUAGGGGAGGGAAUGGCCGGCAGGGAUGUAGCUCAGUUGGUAGAGCAUGGCGUUUGCAACGCCAGGUUCGAUUCCCACGGGGGGCUAGUAUGAAAACAAACAAAAACACAAUUUAUAAUGUAUGCACUCACUAACUGUAAGUCGCUCUGGAUAAGAGCGUCUGCUAAAUGACUAAAAUGUAAUGUAAAUGUAAAUAGCAGAAAACAAAUCAUUCAGCCGAUAUUCAUACCGUUUAAGACAAUGGGGAUAUUGUCUAUAUGAAUGCAGCUGCCACUGUAUUGAAGCCAUUGGGCGCAGUUUAUCAUAGCGCACUACGCUUUAUUACAGGCAAUAGGUGCAGUACACAUCACUGUACUCUGUAUCAGAAAGUAGGCUGGCCCUCUUUAAAAUCUCGUAGAUCGAUGCAUUGCACUCUUUUUGUUUAUAAAGCCUCCUGCAUAAACUUCCGCCGUACCUUACUUCAAUGUUAACUUAUAGACGUACGAGAUACCAGACCCGGUCCCAGGGAUGGCUAACUCUGGAGAUCCCUUCGCUCUCCAUUGAGUUAGGUCAGUUAGUUUUUUUGCACCUUGCUCUACAAGGCUCUCUAAAAUUGGAUGAAUUGGUGCCUCUAGAGGAAUUCAAAAGGCUGAUUGAGGACCUUUUUACUGAAGAAUGUGUUUGUUUUCUAUGAUUGUGUUUUGCUUUUAGUGUAUUGAUGGGAAUAUUGAUGUGUAUAUUGAUGUGUAUUGAUGUGUAUGCAGGGCUCAUCUGAGAAAGAGACCUUGGUCCCAGCAUGACUCCCUGUUGGAAAAUAAAAAAACAUAAAAAACAGCUGAUUGUGUUCUUAGCUGGUGUUCUUUGAUCCUGAUUGCUCUGCUUGCGGUAUGGUGUGGUGCAAAGAGAGCAUCUUUCAAAGGCAAUACAUCUCUGCACCAAGGUUAUUAUAGUUUUGUGCUUUUAUUUCUAUUACAUUUUUUGAUUUGUAUUUGAAUUCAGUUUAGUUUCAGUUAGUUUUCAGAUCUGAUUUGCUAGUUUUUAUUUAGUUUAAGUUUUAUACAAAUAUUUCAAUAUAGUUUUUAUAUAAUUUACAGUGGGGAAAAAAAUUAUUUAGUCAGCCACCAAUUGUGCAAGUUCUCCCACUUAAAAAGAUGAGAGAGGCCUGUAAUUUUCAUCAUAGGUACACAUCAACUAUGACAGACAAAUUGAGGGAAAAAAAUCCAGAAAAUCACAUUUGUAGGAUUUUUAAUGAAUUUAUUUGCAAAUUAUGGUGGAAAAUAAGAAUUUGGUCACCUACAAACAAGCAAGAUUUCUGUUUCUCACAGACCUGUAACUUCUUAUUUAAGAGGCUCCUCUGUCCUCCACUCGUUACCUGUAUUAAUGGCACCUGUUUGAACUUGUUAUCAGAAUAAAAGACACCUGUCCACAACCUCAAACAGUCACACUCCAAACUCCACUAUGGCCAAGACCAAAGAGCUGUCAAAGGACACCAGAAACAAAAUUGUAGACCUGCACCAGGCCGGGAAGACUGAAUCUGCAAUAGGUAAGCAGCUUGGUUUGAAGAAAUCAACUGUGGGAGCAAUUAUUAGGAAAUGGAAGACAUACAAGACCACUGAUAAUCUCCCUCGAUCUGGGGCUCCACGCAAGAUCUCACCCCGUGGGGUCAAAAUGAUCACAAGAACGGUGAGCAAGAAUCCCAGAACCACACGGGGGGACCUAGUGAAUGACCUGCAGAGAGCUGGGACCAAAGUAACAAAGCCUACCAUCAGUAACACACUACGCCGCCAGGGACUCAAAUCCUGCAGUGCCAGACGUGUCCCCCUGCUUAAGCCAGUACAUGUCCAGGCCCGUCUGAAGUUUGCUAGAGUGCAUUUGGAUGAUCCAGAAGAGGAUUGGGAGAAUGUCAUAUGGUCAGAUGAAACCAAAAUAUAACUUUUUGGUAAAAACUCAACUCGUCGUGUUUGGAGGACAAAAAAUGCUGAGUUGCAUCCAAAGAACACCAUACCUACUGUGAAGCAUGAGGGUGGAAACAUCAUGCUUUGGGGCUGUUUUUCUGCAAAGGGACCAGGACGACUGAUCCGUGUAAAGGAAAGAAUGAAUGGGGCCAUGUAUCAUGAGAUUUUGAGUGAAAACCAACUUCCAUCAGCAAGGGCAUUGAAGAUGAAACGUGGCUGGGUCUUUCAGCAUGACAAUGAUCCCAAACACACCGCCCGGGCAACGAAGGAGUGGCUUCGUAAGAAGCAUUUCAAGGUCCUGGAGUGGCCUAGCCAGUCUCCAGAUCUCAACCCCAUAGAACAUUUUUGGAGGGAGUUGAAAGUCUGUGUUGCCCAGCAACAGCCCCAAAACAUCACUGCUCUAGAGGAGAUCUGCAUGGAGGAAUGGGCCAAAAUACCAGCAACAGUGUGUGAAAACCUUGUGAAGACUUACAGAAAACGUUUGACCUGUGUCAUUGCCAACAAAGGGUAUAUAACAAAGUAUUGAGAAACUUUUGUUAUUGACCAAAUACUUAUUUUCCACCAUAAUUUGCAAAUAAAUUCAUUAAACAUCCUACAAUGUGAUUUUCUGGAAUUUUUUUACUCAUUUUGUCUGUCAUAGUUGACGUGUACCUAUGAUGAAAAUUACAGGCCUCUCUCAUCUUUUUAAGUGGGAGAACUUGCACAAUUGGUGGCUGACUAAAUACUUUUUUUCCCCACUGUAGUUGCAGUUGUAGUUUAAGUGUUGGACAGAAAGCAUGCGUGGGAGGCUAGGAGCCAUUUGUGUUGUAUAGUUUUUUUUUGUUGGAGGGGGUGGGGGGGGGGGUGUCACAUCUUGCAACUGGGGGGCAGUAAUACAUAAGGUGAUGGGUCAGGUCAUAAGUUAGGGACUCUAUUAAAUCCACAUCGCAGAAGAUCAGUUUUACAGCGUGAUACAAAUUUUAAGGAAUUGUUUCUAAUUUAGCGGAGACUGCAUUCACGGUAAACGCUGCACAUGUCAGCUCAAUUGGAAAUUACCUUCAAAUAUAAAUCGCGGAAUCUGUUGAAUAGCGCCCUAGUAUAGGUUUAAAAAUAAAGUCAAUCUUAAUGUGACUUGGAUUUAAAAGGAUUAGCGCCGAGACUGGUGCAGAAAAUAUGGUGAAAGGAAACUCUCUCUCGCCCAUGUUUACACCAAUCGUAUGCGUUUUAACUUUGUAGUGCAUGUAAGAAGAAUCAAGUUAGCUACCUAGCUGAUUUUUUCCAUGUUAGCUAGUGAUAGCUAGUGAUAGUGAUGCACAAGCUAGGCCUAUUUAAAACAUCACCAUCUCCCAACCAUAUUUACCCGUCCAGAUUCAGUAGCUUGAAAACCCCAUUAGGUCUACAAAAAAAACUAAAAUUGAACAUAAGUCAUGAUGGUUUUUAUUUUAUUUUGGAGUUUCAGUUUUUCAAAUGGGUUUGUUAAUUAUUUUCUUUCAGUUUACUAAAUCGUUUUUUUUAUGAUUAGUUUUCGUUUUAGUUUCAGUUUCAGUUUUAGUUUACUCUGCAUCUGAGAUUGUGGGGGUCUGGAGUUUUGCACAGUAGUAGAGAGCAUUGGUGUUUUAGUAUUGUGUAGCUUCAUUACCAUAUGUAGUUGGUUGGUGGACAGUUGGUGUUGAAGAUUGGAUUCAUGUCCAAUCUAGCUUUGUGAGGACAAGAAGUGGAGUUGGGGAGGGCUGAGGUCCUUGCUCUUUACAUUAAGGAAAUACAUGGGAAUGAUAUGGGCAGCACAUACAUGUCUUCCCAAUUGGGAGAUUCCAAACAAUCACUUAGUAGCAUCAUAACAAACUGCUGGUAUGGACCACACUCUUCAGCUUCAGCACGUACUGUAAACCCAAACACACCGUCUUACGGGGACAGCCCAAGAUAUCCUUGACCAUACAGUGAGGGGGCGGUGUUGACGCAGUGUUUGAUCAUUCCUGAGGUUCACGUUGGUGUUUGAGGUGGGUGACCGCCUCAUUACACUUAAGUGGUGCAGUCUGAAGAGGAUUUUAAGAUCUGUCUAGUUUCCAUCCUUUAGGGGGUCACUAUUUACAAAUAGUGUGAUGCAUAGAUGUCCCUAUAAUCGCUCCAAUCUAUGGCAGAGGAGUUUGAAUUAUCAUACAGACACCCCAAGGCUAAAGAGUUCAUGGAACAACAGCAGGUACAGUCCAGGUAGUACUGGAAAUUGUUUCCUAUCUAGAGAUAACACAGCCAACCCUUCACCUCGUAACCCAGAGCGUAACAAUGUAAAAUGUAACAAGGUUGAAUGAUCGCUAUCUCCCUCGGCUGACCAACCCCAAUCAAGGCCUGAGUGGAGAGCGGGGAAGGCCUCGGGACACUUAUCACAGAUAAGAGACUCAGAUGAGAGCUUUUCUGCCUAAUUCCCAGUGAACACAGUGCCCGUUAUAACUCCAUAUACUGAUGGAGGGGCUACCUUGCUGCUCCCCAUACAUUCCAAACUUAACGUUUAUUCAAUACUAGAAGUUAAUCCAAUAUUUGAGUGUAUCCAUGCUACAGUAUGGAGACAUCCCACAGGGGAAAUUGUAAAAUAACAAGCAUCUCUCAGGCAGACUGUACCUGUGAGUUAGAGUGAGGGGAAAGCAGCGGGAGAUGUCGAGGUUUUGGGGUGGCGGGGAGGGGGGGCACGUGGGUAUUUUUAGGGUGUUUUUGUUUGCUAGGCCGUAUCCAAGCAUGUCCCAGCCUAAUUAUUACACAAGUGUUAUUUUCAGCUCUGUGCGUUUUUUCACUUCGGCAGGAGGGUCCUGCAAACAGGUCAGUAAGGGUUAGGAGACAGGUAAAUAGAGGCAGGGUGUUCCUUGGCCCAUGAAGGACGGGUAUUUUUAGCUUGCACAUCGCCCCUCAGUUGAAUGGACAAUUGGGCCUUUUACAAGUCUUCCUGGCAGAGGAGUGGCUCUGAGAGAGAGAGAGCGAGAGCGAGAGAGAGAUAGAGAGAGAGGAUUGCCUCAAAUUACCAGAAGCAUCCACCUCGGUGCUCGCGACCCUCCGCAGUGGAAAUUUCCCAAAAGACGCCUCAAUCAAUAGCUUCAUCUCUUAUAGACACACAUAACUCAUCCACCCAAAGCAAAGUCCACCCUCCUCUCACGGCUGCCCCCGGACCUCCUUCCUUCCCUCUCUCCUCCUGCUAAAAGGCUAAGAGCCAAACUUGACAUGGUGAGCAUCAGUUCAUCUUGCACCUCUGUGAAGUUUUUAGCGGCCUCACAAACGCAUAUGAAGUUUAGGAGAAGGGAGGGGUGAGACAGUCCAGUUUACAUAAGCAACGCUGCAGGAACCAGUUAUGAGUGGAGGCUUUCAUGACAGAGUGACUGCUGUAGGAAAAAAAAAGGAUUCCCUCUACCAAACAUCUCUGUCUACCCUCUGACAGAGAUUAAGGAUGAGGUCUAACUGCAAGGGUAGAACAGAUUCUACAUCCAUCUAUCACCAGGCUUGGUGUGCCCUCACUGCCCUGUGAGAGAGGCUCAGUUGGUAGAGCAUGGCGUUUGCAAUACCGGGGUUGUGGGUUCGAUUCCCAUGGGGGACCAGUACGAAAAUUUAUGCACUCACUACUGUUAGUCCCUUUGGAUAAGAGCGUCUGCUAAAUGAAAGGGGAGAUCUACCUGAUAUAUUGGUUGAUUUUAGGGACUUCAAUAGUUGAAUUCAUGGUUUUCAGAAUUCAGGGAUUUCAAUCAGCCACAGGAAGCUAUUAUACGUACAAUUAACUACUUUUGGAUUUGAAGGACAAGACUGUUCUUGGUUAUGACAUGGUUUGAAUCUCUCUUGUCAAAGUCUACAUCUUCUAAUGAAACUAAAAAGCCUCCUAUACUAUGUCUGUAUCUCUGCCUCCAGUUCUCUGACGCUGCGUUCAAUGGAGUGACGGCCAUCAAGUCUCUGCACCUGGACAACAACAAGCUCAAGUCCCUCCCCAAGAGCCUGGAGUUCACCACCAUCACCAACCUCACGCUCUCCAACAACCCCUGGAGCUGCACCUGCACGCUUGCCCCUCUGCGCAAGUAAGGAGCUCAUAUUUAACCUGGCUAACAAGCCAAACGUUGUAGCCAUUUUGCUAGCAAGCUGUACUUUGGUUUGCUAUUGUACCACACAGUCUGGCACACCAGGAUACCUCACCUUACAGCAUGUAGGUGAUCUGUAUGAAACUAACACAAACCAUAGACAAUACUGAGGUGGAAAACCACACAUACAAGAGAACCAUACAAGACUAGUUCAAUAGACCCUUUUCCUCCAGUAAUUGGAAAAUGUCCCCUCCUUUUCCAAGAUCCUGUGUCUAAUUCUCUCUGUUCCCCCCCCCCCACUAGGUGGAUGGACUCUAGCCGCCAGCGCCCUGAUGCGCUCUGUGCAUCUCCAUCCUCGCAGAGAGGAAAGCAGAUCAGAGACAGCACUGUCUUCAGCAGCUGCAAAGUCAAGACAAAGAGAGCCAAGGGCACGCGCCAUUAA